CACACUCCAUCCCCUUCCCUUCCUACCUUCUUCGCUCCCUCCCACAAUCGCUCACUCUUAUAUUCAGUCGCGGCAGAGUUCAGGUUGGGAUAACGGUGUUAUCUGGGAAUGAUGCCGGCGGUUGGAGCCGUGGGAGUCGGACUGCUCUGCGCGCUGCUUGUCGCCCUCAUGCCGGGUGGCAUGUCGGAUUUGGUGACUCUGGUGCAGGACUCGGUCCGACCCGAAUCGUCACUGCUGAUGCCAAAAGUCAUGAUCGCCAUUCUGGCUCGCAACGCAGCGCACAGCCUGCCGCACUACCUGGGCUGCAUCGACAGGCUAGACUAUCCGAAGGAGCGGAUAGCUAUCUGGGCAGCGACAGACCACAGUGUGGACAACAGCACAGCCAUGCUGAGGGAGUGGCUGAAGCAGGCUCAGGACCAGUACCACUAUGUGGAGUGGAGACCUAUGGAGGAGCCCAAGUCCUAUACUGAUGAGUGGGGGCCCAAGCACUGGCCUCCGUCCCGCUUCAACCAUGUGAUGAAACUGAGGCAGGCUGCUCUUAAGGCAGCACGGGAACGCUGGGCAGAUUACAUACUGUUUGCAGACGGUGAUAACCUGCUGACCAACCCAAAGAUUCUCAACCUGCUCAUGGCUGAGAACCUGACUCUGGUAGCUCCCAUGCUAGAGUCACGCUCUCUCUACUCUAACUUCUGGUGUGGCAUCACCCCACAGGGUUACUACAAACGUACCCCUGACUACCAGCCAAUCAGGGAGUGGAAGCGUCUGGGUUGCUUCGCUGUACCCAUGGUGCACUCUACCUUCCUGCUGGACCUGAGGCGUGGCGCCAGCAGGGAGCUGGCCUUCUACCCCCCUCACCCUGACUACAGCUGGGCCUUCGAUGACAUCAUGGUGUUCUCCUUCUCUGCCCGGCAGGCAGAUGUGCAGAUGUACGUGUGUAACAGAGAGCACUAUGGCUUCCUACCGGUUCCUCUGAAGGCCUCGCAGAAUGUUGACGACGAGAAGGAGAGCUUCACACACACCAUCGCUGAGGCCAUGAUUGAUCACAACAUAGCACCCUCAGAGUACCUGUACAAUCCAGAGAUGCCGCAGGACAAGAUGGGCUUUGAUGAGAUAUUCCUGAUUAAUCUGAAACGUCGUCUGGACAGGAGACAGAGGAUGUUGAGCACCAUGACCUCUUUGGGUCUGCAGGCCACCAUCACUGACGCAGUGGACGGCAAGGCUCUGAACUCUUCUCAGCUGCAGGCAUUGGGUAUAGAGAUGAUUCCAGGUUAUCAGGACCCGUACUCUGGCCGUGUUCUAACCAGAGGAGAGAUAGGCUGCUUCCUCAGCCACCACUCCACCUGGGUACAGAUGGCGGAGCGUGGUCUUUCCAAGGUGCUAGUGCUGGAGGAUGACGUGCGCUUUGAGCCCAGGUUUAAGAGGCGAAUGAUGACCAUCAUAGAGGAAGUAGAGAAGGCCCAGCUGGACUGGGAUCUCAUCUAUGUUGGGCGUAAGCGUAUGCAGGUGCACCAACCGGAGCGUUCGGUGGAAGGGGUUAAUAACCUGGUGGAGGCUGACUACUCUUAUUGGACGCUGGGCUAUGCCCUGUCAGCGCAGGGUGCCAGGAAGCUGCUGGCUGCUCAGGCCUUCAGCAAGAUGCUACCUGUCGAUGAGUUCCUCCCUGUCAUGUUCAACAAACACCCCAAUUCUGACUUCAUGUCUCACUUUGAGCCUCGGGACCUGAAGGCCUUCUCUGUGGAGCCCCUCCUCCUGUACCCCACCCACUACACGGGCGAGCCGGGCUACGUGAGUGACACGGAGACCUCCACCAUCUGGGACGACGAGGCCACCGCCACCGACUGGGACCGCCUGCACCAGCACGCCAGGAAGACAGAGCAGCAAGGCCGCAUCCACACCGUGGCUCAGAACAGUGUGACGGGAGACUCACCUCCGCCUGCCGCCCGCUCCACACGCGAUGAACUCUGAGAAGGAAGAGAGAGAGACUUGUAGACGUGCUUUUGCACGGACACACACAAGGACAUACACAUUCACACACUCAUGUGCAUGCACGCAUGCAACUGUGUCACCUCAGGUCUGAUAGCAGUGUGGGUUCUGGAGGGGUAUCUCACGGUUCUAUUACUUCUGUCAGGCCUGAUAGCAGUGUGGUUUCUGGAGGGGUAUAUCAUGGUUUUAAUUCUUCUGUCAGGAAAGAUAGCAGUGUGGGUUCUGGAGGGGUAUCUCAUGGUUUAAUUCUUCUGUCAGGCCUGAUAGCAGUGUGGGUUCUGGAGGGGUAUAUCAUGGUUUUAAUUCUUCUGUCAGGCCUGGGGAUGAGGGCCUUGGUUUGUGUCUUUCUGACCAUGUCAGGAGACCCUUUGACAUUUUUGGUAGUUUUUUUCACAGAAGGGAAAGGGGGAAGAAGACAGGAUAAGAUUUUGUUGAAGCAGACAAUUUGGGCUUUUGUGAAUGUAAAUUGUUACAUCAGAUAUAUUCUCUCUCUCUCUCUCUCUCUCUCUCUCUCUCUCUCUCUCUCUCUCUCUCUCUCUCUCUCUCUCUCUCUCUCUCUCUCUCUCUCUCUCUCUCUCUCUCUCUCUCUCUCUCUCUCUCUCUCUCUCACACACACACAACUUGAUACACAGUCAACUACUCUGCUCAGUGCGUUUUCUCAUUGGCUAUCUGCUGUCUACUAGCAUAUUAGCAGGCUGAGAUGUGAAUCCCAUUGGAUGCCUGAUGAGGGGUGGAGUGGUCUGUGCACUGAGAAAGUGGGCCCAGGACCUCAGAUGUAUUUAUUCCCCUUGUGCUCUACAGUCUGAUGCACACGUGCACACACACCAAACACAUACACACACACACACACACCCCAAACACAUACACACACACACAGUCAGAGAGAGACCUUGAAGAGACUCAGAGAGAAGGACUGGGGGGACCUGAACACCCACACCAUGCAGGGACGAUGUGAGAGAGACAGAGACUGGACGACCUGAGACUGCAACAUGUGGAAGACAGAUAUUGCUGUUUGCAGUACAGAGAUAAAACUCACAAACCAAUGUUUAUUGUAUUGUUAAAAAAGGAUGAUUAUUGUAAUUUAAAAAUAACAUGUGGUUUAUGGGCAGCCCAGGGAAUAAAGGAAUCUUACAGCUGUCUGAAA